GAGUCAGACCUUAGCUCAACGGCACUGAUUCUUCGGCAGUCUUUUCAACUCGCGAUCCACCAUUAUAAUUUCGAUCUGAAAAUUUCGGUGAUUUUACGGGUGAAAAAGAAAAUACCAGAAGACAAACCAUCCCAGUGAAAAAAUAGUGGUUCCUCGCAUUUGUGGGUGUUUCCGACACCGGAAGUGGCCGAGGAAGAUUCCGUCGACACUGUGGGUUUGCGACGGCGACCCCCGAAAAACACUCCGCGGAACCGAGUUCCUCUUGGAGUCGCUUGGAACAGGUCCAAGGGAAGUGCGUAUCUGUGGAUUUGGAGUGUGUAGUUAGAAAAAAGUGACCACAAUCUGGAUUAAGUGCUGUGGCCAGAAACAAGGAAGCAGUUGGGAGUGAAAUUUAAGCAAAAUAUUAUUUAUUCCAUCCUUCCACAAAAUGGUAGCAGCAGAAAAUUGAUGUCGUCGUCAAAUUCGUUCUUCAGUACGGGUCCAGUCUAAAGACAAUUAGACGGCCACAUUUGCACACUGUAAAAGUUCCGGAUUGCAUGCCGCACAGGGGACAACAUCCCCCUCGCCCCAUCCGUCAGCGUUAACAUCCAGCAGGAGUACAAUCUGUGAUAGUGUUUCUGCAAAGCGAACGCAACAACUACUCUCUGGAUGCUGAACUGAAGCUCCAUCGUGUGCGGAGGUGCCGGAGCUUGUUGCUCGAUUCUUCGGAACAACCAUACGAGAUAUUGGAGAUCUUUGGCCUAAAUGGUCUAAAUGCUAUAAAGUGUGCAGCUAUGAUGCAGAGUAGUACUACUAAGAGUCCUACCAUCACGGUGUUCCGAUUACGAUCGGAUCGUACGAUGCUCGGCAGCUACAUUCCGCUGGUGUUCCCCCCGGGCCGGGUUGCCGGCUGCGAGGAGGACAGAUUGUUCAAAACGCAUGCUACUACCACCAACACUACUACGAUUACUACUGUAAACGGCACGGCUUCCGGCGCACGGGACACGGAAGUGGCCACCACGAACAAGUCUGACUACAUCUACUUGACACAAUCAACGGACAGCAGGGCGUUGCUGGUCACAAGAUUUCCCCUGGAUGACUUGGGCGCCUCCCGAGCGCUCGUUGGCCAUAUUACUGAGCUGAUGCGAACCACUAAUUCUGUGACUUUGAAAUGUGAUUUAAAUGCUUACCUGAAUAAUGUUAGUAUUAGUCGUAACCUAGCACUAGAUCAAUGUACUACUUUAAGCCGUAAAGUUCCGACGGUGGCGGCAGUCCGUGAGAAUCGGUGUGGUGGUGGUGGUUCGUACAUCAGGUUCGACGACCUGCUGGCCAUGGUUGCCGGCGAGAAAGCCCUGCUGAAGCGUCGAUCGGCUCUGGAAUCUCAAGGACGAGUACUGCCACGUUUGCGGCUGUGCGGUGGCGGCGAAGACUCGAUCAACAACGGUACGAGCGCUUGGGGAACGCCACCGACUUCGGCCAACAACACCAGCGCCUGGGGCAUUCCAAACCAGCAACAGCAGCAACAGCAACCCCCGCAGGCCUGGGGUGGAACUGCUAGCAACAACAGCGCCAACAACAAUAACAACAACAACAAUCAACCGACAUCGAGUCAAUCUCAGCGACAGUCAUCACAACAAUCGCAGCAGGAUCACAAUGCCAACAAAGCGCCCCAACAGGGCAGCGGAUCGGCACCAAACGGAGGAGGCACCUCGAACCCAUGGAACCGCAAUCCGACCCAGCAGCAGCAGCAACAACAGCAGCCACAACCGCCAGGACCGAAUCAAAACCAGCAGCAACCACCGCAACAGCAGCAGCAGCCGCAGCCGCAACUUGUUAUGGGAAACAAUGGGAACGUAGCGACCAAGAGUCAACUGGAACAGCUGAGUCAUCUGCGGGAUGCGCUGUUCAGCCAGGACGGUUGGGGUUGCCAGAAUGUUAACCAGGACACGAACUGGGAGGUGCCCGGAUCGCCGGAGCCGCCAAAGCCGGAACCUAGCAGUGCAUCCGGAGGGGGGAACGGUGGUCCAAACCCGCCAGUGGUCACAGGGUGGAAGCCGUGCAACUUGAACAACGGCACCGAACUGUGGGAAGCUAACUUGCGCAAUGGGGGACAACCACCGCCACCGCAGGCUCCUGUGCAAAAGACUCCCUGGGGGCCGGCGAGUAACAUCGGAGGAACCUGGGGUGAGGAUGAUGAUUCUGGCGAGGCAAACGUUUGGAACGGAGCCGCCGGUGGAAAUCCUCCGGCUGCAGCGCCACCAGCGUGGAAUCAAAACAACCCGCCGAUGUGGCCGCCGGGUGCUCCGGGUGCCGGUCCGAAUCCUGCCGCCGUCAAGAAAGACAACGACUGGGCUGGAGUUGGCGUGAUUGGUAACGCAGGUGCUGCGGCAGUUCCUCCGCCGGUUUCUGGCUGGGACUCGCGUGGCGCUCCGGUACCGCCCGUUAACGUUCCCCCGGGACCCAUCGGACAGACCAAUCCGAUUGAGGCGAUUCGCGAGAUUCGCGGUGAUCCUCGCGGUAUAUCCGGUCGACUCAAUGGUAACGCGGGCAUGUGGGAUCAACAGAACGUUCCGAAUCUGCCGACGGCCGCCAAACUUGCUCAAGGUUCGCUUCCCUCGGUCGGCGGUGGAGCCAACAGCCAAUGGAACACGCCGGUUCCGAACAAGAUGCCCGGCGGGUGGGACGAUUCUCCUGCACCAAUGAACAACCGACCCACGCUGGACGACGGUCCCAGUGGACUGUGGAACCAGGGACAACUGUCGCGACAAAACUCGAACAUAUCCAGCUGGAAGGACAUGUCGGCGGACAACGUGGUCCGCACUCCAAUGCCACGAACUCCACUCGGAGGUGGUGCUAAUCUUCCACUAGGACCGGCGGUAUCGCGUGGAGUACGACUCGGAGGCAUGAAUCCCGGCAUGAAACCAGACAGCAGCAUGUGGGGCCAGAACCAGGGUUUGCCGCCGAUGAACGGCUCGUGGGACGAUUGCGCUGGCGCCGGAGGCAUCAACAACUGGGACGAUAAGAGUCUCGGUGCUGCAGGCGGAAACGGUCCGUGGAAUGACUUUGGUCAAAGCAACUUGUGGAAGCAGCAGGGUAAACCGUCGGUAGGCGGCUGGCCAGAUCCGAGCGAUUUGAUGGGCGGCGGUUCUGGCAACGACUGGAACAUGAACAAACCACCGAGCAAGAUGAGCCCGGUGGAGAUCAUUCGCAGCAGCAAGCAGUACCGGAUGCUGUGCGAAAACGGUUUCAAAAAGGAGGACGUCGAGCUUGUACUGCGCACGACCAACAUGAACUUUGACGAGUCGCUGGAGAUAUUGCAACGCCACAACUCUGCCGGCGACUGGCGGGGACGUCCGGACGAACAUCCGGGCAGUGCGUUCGAGGCGCCGUUUUCCAAUCGAUUCCAGGCCGGCCCUGGAGGAGGAAUGCCAUUUUCACAGAACCAGAAUCUGCUGAACAACCUUCCAGGUGUGGGUGGUCCCAAUCCGAAUUUGGCCGCCCUCAACAACCUCAAAUAUCUCUCACAAGGUGGCGCCGGAGGUCAUUCCUCUUUCGGCUCACAACCCGGCGGCGGCGGACCGAACCCGUUGACAGCGGCAGCUAGUAGCCAGCAAAAUCAACAAGCACAACAACCCUCAACGCAACACCUGCGCAUGUUGGUGCAGCAGAUCCAGAUGGCCGUCCACGCGGGCUUCCUCAAUCACCAGAUAUUAAACCAACCGCUGGCACCGCAGACGCUGCUCCUUCUGAACCAGUUGCUCACCAACAUUAGACAAAUGCAGCACAUCCAGAACAACCUCGCCCGGAGCGGUGGCGCCACCGGCGUCAGCACCGUUCAGCUGACGAUGCAGAUUAACAAACACAAAUCUACCAUCAGUCAGCUGCAGCAGCAGAUCGCCGCCCAGCAGGCAAUUUACGUUAAGCAGCAGCAGCAACAACAACAGCCCGGCGGUGGUCCCCACGGGCAGCCGCCAAACGUGGGUCUCGGCGGAGGGGCAGCCGACUUUCUGCGCCAGCAGGAUCUGGUCUCGCUGCAGAACAAUUUUGCCGACAUGGGCAUGGGCAAGGAGCCGGUCACGCCGACCGGUGGAUUCCCUGCGGCUGGCGGCAACGUGGGUGGUGGACCGGGCGUCACUAGUCAACAGUCCCGGCUGAACCAGUGGAAGCUGCCAUCGCUCGACAAGGACGGCGGCGGCGGUGCCAAUGAUCUCACCGAUUUCUCUCGUGCACCGGGCACGACUGCCAAAUCAACACUGUCCACGGCGAGCUCCAACAUUGGCGCUCUAGGGCUGCAGGAUGGAACCUGGUCAUCGGGUCGCUCUACUCUGGCGGAUGGCUGGCCAGAUCAACCGUCCGGUGCCGUUGGCGGCGGCGAGCCCGACAAUAAAGACUGGAACCCAUCACAGGACAACGCAGCAUUCUCCGAUCUCGUGCCCGAGUUUGAACCCGGGAAGCCAUGGAAGGUAAAGGGAGCCCAGCUAAAGAUCGAUGAAGAUCCGAGUAUUACGCCCGGCAGUGUGGCGCGCAGUCCGCUGUCGAUUGCGACCGCCAAGGAGGCGGAUCUGUUUGGAGGUGGCGCUGGUAAGGUGUCCCCGUCGGAUGCGAUGGGACUGGGAGCGUCCGCCUGGGGCAAACCGGGCAAGAAUGUGUGGCCGGACAGUAUUACGUCGAGUGGUGCUGGGGGUGGUGGUGGCGGCGGUGGUAGUGGUUCCGAUCUCUGGGGAACUCCCAUGGGAAAGCCCACACGCGGUCCGCCACCGGGGUUGGGUGCCAACAAAAAUGCUAACGGUUGGGCCGGUGGUGCUGGUGGUGGCCCACAACGGUCCAAUUCCGGUGGCAAUUGGCCAGGUGGAAACGGGUGGGGAUCGUCGUGGUUACUGUUGAAGAAUUUGACCUCCCAGAUUGACGGCGCCACUUUGCGAACAUUGUGCAUGCAGCAUGGGCCGCUGCAGAGUCUGCAGCUGUACCCGAACCACGGAUUGGCCCUGUGCAAAUAUUCUUCCCGCGAGGAGGCCAGUAAAGCUCAACAGGCGCUCAACAACUGUCCCCUCGGCAGCACCAACAUCGGGGCCGAAUGCCCAAGCGAAGCGGACGCCCAAACCUAUCUGCAGCAGUUGGGGGCACCGGCUGGCAGCAGUGGCAGCAUACUUCCACCGAGCAGCAGCGGUCCGGUGACGAGUGUGGCGCAGUCCUGGCGUCAAGCGCCCAGAACUUCCGGUGCGGACACGUGGGGCUCCGGAUGGCCACCGUCCAGUGGAGCUGGUGCAACCGGCGGAAGCGGAGGCGGCGGCGGCGGACUGUGGGCACCGCUCGAGGGAAACACCGCAGGCACUCCUUCCAAUUUGAACUCAUUUUUGCCAGAAAGCUUACUCGGUACCGAUUUGAAUUAGAAGAAAUGAAAGUGUUUUGAUAGUCUCGAACUUGCCCGCGCAGCAAGGCAGUGAACGUUCAUUAUUUUAUUUUCUCUUUAUUUUUUUUUGCUACAAGGUUGUGUUUUAAUCCAUAUUAUACAUUCAACAAUAUUUAUUGUUUUGUUUAUUUUUGAUGAAAUAAAAUCAAACACGAAAAAAAAAAAAAUAAAAACAAAAACUCAAUUGAAUCGCAUAACUCAACGGUGGUGUUUCCACCCCCCCAGAAAAAAAGCGCGUGCGCACUUAUUUUCUCAGUCAAUUUGUCAUCGUUUGAUCGAAACAAUUAAUCAGAAGCACGAUCACCUUCCCGAGGAGCAGAAACGGAGGUACGCCGAAUAAAAAAUCACAUGUUUCUUGGACGAGAGGCAGAGAUUUGCAUCUAAGUUGUUGAAGUUGAUCGGCCCGCGUCGACGACGCGCAUUUUAUACCACACACACACACACACACACACACACACUCUGGAAUCGCAUAAUAACUUUUAUAAGUAAUUGAAUGAACAGAACAUAAAUUUUAAAACAGCAACACUGAAAACAGAGCAUAAACAUUUGAAGUGAAUAAAAAAAAACAAGAAUGAAACGAGACAUAAAACUAGUAUUAAAGAUGAAAAAAAAACAUAAUAAUAGCUGUCUAAGUCAGUUUUUUAGAUUGUAAGGUAAGUAGCAGUAAAAUACUACAGAGAGAUAUAGAAAUGUGAGGUAUAUUAAGAAAAAUUUAAACUAUAUUUAUUAAUUUUAAUAUACAUCAAGGCAAACACAUUAAAUUUACUGUGUAUGAAAAAUAUACAUAAAUCUUGUUAUUGAAUUAUUUUUGAAAUUAUUUAGAUAUCUGAAUAAACAAGCAUGAAUAAGCAGCUAAA